AAACGUUUAGACCGGAGCGAAUGAAGAAAAGACGAUCGAGCGAGGCGACGUUUUGGGCCGAAGAUGAUCCAAUCAAAUCAGUCAGUCCUGUCUGUCUUCUGCUGCUGCUGCGUCGUUCAUACAAGGGAGUUCAACACCAGGAUGGAUCUGGAAGGAAGCACUUCCCUUUGUUUCCAGAGGAGGCACUAUCCCGGACGGGCACAAAUGGACAAGUCGAGGAAGAAGCUGCCCAUGCCUCCUCCAGAAGGGGGCAACGGUGAGGCCCCCGGGCUGCUGAGGGUUGUGGCCAUGUACGACUUCACCGCCAAAGAAGACACGGACCUCACCAUAAAACAGGGAGAGGAGUACUUCAUUUUACACAAACAAGACCAACUGUGGUGGAGAGCUCAAGACAAGCACGGAAACAAAGGCUUUAUUCCGAGUAACUACGUGACCGAGAAAAACAACAUCGAGGCCAAUUUGUGGUAUUGUAAAAACAUCCACAGGACUGAAGCUGAGAUGCUCCUUAAACAAGAGGGUAAAGAGGGCGGCUUCAUGGUGCGAGAGUCCAGCCAAAGAGGACACUACACCGUCUCUGUCUACAGUAAAGCUUUAGGGGAAAGUGGAGGAGUGAAGCAUUAUCAGAUCAAACUCACCGACUCUGGACAGUUUUAUUUGGCUGAAAAACACACGUUCGACUCCAUCCCUGAAAUGAUCCACUACCACGAGCACAACGCCGCAGGUCUGGUGACUCGGUUGCGUUACGCUCUGGGGCCGAUGGGCAGGUGUGUCCCGGCCACCGCGGGAUUCAGCUCUGAGAAGUGGGAGAUAAACCCGAGUGAGCUGACCUUCAUGAAGGAGCUGGGCAGUGGGCAGUUUGGGCAGGUGCGACUGGGCAAAUGGAGAGCUCAGAAGAAAGUGGCCAUCAAAGCCAUCAGAGAAGGAGCCAUGUACGAGGAGGACUUCAUCGAGGAGGCCAAGGUCAUGAUGAGGCUUUGUCACCCACGUCUGGUGCAGUUAUACGGCGUGUGUCUGCAACAGCGCCCCCUGCUGAUCGUGGUCGAGUUCAUGGAGAACGGCUGCCUGCUGAACUUCCUGCGUCAGAGGGGCGGAGCUAUGCGGGACGCGUGGCUUCUGUCCAUGUGUCAGGACGUGUGUGAGGGCAUGGAGUAUUUAGAGAGGCACCAGUUCAUCCACAGAGACCUGGCAGCGAGAAACUGUUUGGUGAAUGAAAACAACGUGGUGAAGGUCAGCGACUUCGGGAUGGCAAGGUAUGUUUUGGAUAACCAGUACACCAGCUCGAGCGGGUCCAAGUUCCCGGUGAAGUGGUCUCCUCCAGAGGUUCUUCACUACAGUAAAUACAGCAGCAAGUCGGACGUGUGGUCGUUUGGAGUGGUGAUGUGGGAGAUCUACUCCGAGGGCAGGACCCCGUUUGAGAACCGCUCAAACUCGGAGGUGGUCGACGACAUCACCAGAGGAAUCCGACUGUACCGACCGCACCGAGCCGCGCCGCCGCUCUACCAAGUCAUGUACAAGUGCUGGCACAAUAAACCUGUGGAGCGUCCGUCUUUCUCUCAGCUGUUGGGGGAGAUCAGGAAACUAUCAGAAACCCAGGAUUAAUAUGGAACGCCACA